AUGAAGCAAAAGUCACUUCAGGCUAGUCCACGUCAGCAACAUCCAAGCACUCAGUAUUCACAGCAGCCUAUUCAGACACACUAUCAGGAAGCGCAUCCCAAUCAUCAUCCGAGCACUCAGCAGUCAUUUUCUCACCAGCAAUAUGAUCAGCACCAGAACUAUUCUGCUCGUUCGCAGUCGGAGGUACCGUUGGAUCGAAAAGAUGACAGGUGCAUAUCACCAAACUUUAAUCAUCGUACAUCUUUCCAAGGAUCCAACAACCCAUCAAUACCACCUAAUAGCAUGUCCCACUCAUCGCGUUCAUCAUCGUCAUCUCCAUCAACAGCAAAGGUCGUAUCGGGCGCCUUGCCUCCUAUUGUUCCAGGGCAAGCUCAGUCUCCCUAUGUUGAUUCUCGCACACACCCAUCGCAACAUCUUCACCAAAAACUCCCUUCUCUAGCGGCCCAGAUUCAACAUUCUGCCGGAUCACAUUCGCCACGACCCUUGCUAUCGUCAGAAAGUUUCUCUGCUCCACAUCCGCAUCAGACUCGCCAUCAACCCUUCCAUUCACAUCCCUAUCCCUAUCCACCAUCCCAUCAUCAGUAUCCUCAGAACGCACAGCACACUUCGUAUCCUCAGCAGCUAGGAAAGCGAAUGGCUUUUUCUGCCAGUGCUGGGAAUGACUAUAAUUCUUCUGCAUACUCUUCUCACGCUCUGCCGCAGACCAAGUAUCAACGAGUAGAAGGUGCAUCAGUGCGCCCGUCGUCUACCCAGACAUUGCAUUAUCAGCAUCACAAUGCACAAUCAGAUCGGCAUCUAGUGGAAGCAGGCAUGGGUGCUGCUGGUCCGCUUCAUGAUACUGCAGCUGUUUCGACUGCAUCUUACCAAACCCAAAACUCUCCAAACAAUCAUUUUAGACGCGCCGAAGCCCAACCACACCAUUCUACACCUCGUCAUUACAGUUAUGCCAAUCAGCGCCCAAUGGCAUAUUCUGACGAAGUGUCCGAGGCACAUCGUUCGACUCAUGGGAUGCGUACGCAUGUCGUUUCUGGUUUAGCUGCAUCAAAUUCUGCCAUGUCAACUUCGCCUACAGUACCGCCGCUUUCUUCACAGUCGCCGUAUUCGUCCGACACACGAACAGAGAUUCUAGAUCGACUCGAGUCUCAUUUGGCGUCUCGCCAUGUCAAGUCAGAAGGUUCGUCUCAAUCCCAUUACACUCUACCAGACAAGUCUAAACUGUACGUACCUACCAACAGCAAUCGAACAUCUACUUCCCAUAUACCCGCUACUACUUUACCUUCAAGUACAAUACCUGUCCAAAGCGGAAAUGGAAAACUGAUGCCAGAUUCUCUACUAUUGGCUGCUUACUCACCAACGUCUACUACCAUGCAAGACCUUGUUGGAUUGCUAACAGAAUGGCGACAAAGUGAUGUAGCAUUUCAGAAUCGUCUGUCUGCUCUAAUCGAUUCUCUGGAUGGAUAUGCUCAAGGUACAAUUGGAGUCAAAAGUGUAUCUGUACCCGAUACAAACCAAUAA